CCCUUAUCUGAAUAUUUGAAACGUUUUAAAGAGUAAGAUUCUCGUUGCACGAGAUUUGCAGACGACAACUAGGUCAAGCAGACAAUACUGUCAACAUUAAGAAAGGGAGAGUGGAAGUGUCAAAUUAAAGAUAUGUAUGAGGAUAGCCAGAAAACAAUAGAGAACAGCGAGACAAUGUUUUCGGACUCGGAGCCCCCGAGCCCAAGACUAUUAAGCAGACAUUCGGGUGCCUCAAAUUCCUGCCAUGGCUGUGUUGAAAACACAAAACUUCUGAAACAAGUCUUACAGGAAUUAAAAGAACUAAAAGAGGAACUGUCUAAGAACACAAAUAAGCAAAGUCCAAACACUACUGGAUUUACUGUAGAGAAAUCACCCAUAGAGGCCCCUCUUGUUGAACACCUGAAGAAAAAGUUCCCUAUCAUGCUAUUCCCAGUCAAUCCAGACACAGAAUUAAAAGCUAAAGUGACAGUACUUCUUCAAAAGAACGGGGUAACCGCUGAUCUUCCUGUAGUUCUCAGAAGUGUUCGAAAGUAUGCGGCAAGAAAGUUCGUUGACUUCAGGGCACAGACCAAAUCCAAGUUGCUUUCAGAAAAAUUAGAUGUGGGGGCAAUGCAGUUGGCAGAACUGGCCAGGACCAUCUUUUCCAAGUUCACAGAUGCUGGGAACUUGGAAAUUAUCAAGAUGACCAUCAUUUUGCGCUCCUUCUGCCAUGAGAAGAAGCUCCUUAAAAAACUCAGAGGUCGGGAACCAGUCUCCUUGGAUUUCUGGGUUGAAUUGAAAGAGCACAAGGAAAGGAUAGACUCAGAUGAAGAUCCUCUUAAAUGGGAGAAACUCCAAGCCCGAGAGGAAAAGCGGAUUGAGAGAUAUGAGAAGCUUUAGAUGUAUGUACAAUACACAGUACAAAAUAUUACAUCCUGUUUCAUGAUUAUGAUAUCAUAUUAGUAUCUUGAUAUAUAUUAUAAUUAUCCGUUUGAAUUUUAGG